AUGCUCUGCACAUCAUACGAAACCAUGUGCGCCGACUGCAAAUACCACUUCAAAGUCCUCCGGCAGAACAAGGUGAGCGCAGCGUACCUCGAAUACCCACCAAACACCUUCCCAGUAGUCUUCACCUGCACGCAAAAGGUCACAGUCCCAGAGCGCAGAGGAACACUCAUGCAAGCAGUCUACGAGCAGCGCGACAGGACGGUAACUCGCCUAAAGCAUACUCUAGCCAACCACUUCCACCGGUCCGUCAAUGUAUUCGACCACUUUGACCACGGUGAGUUCCGGCUUGGCGACAAGACGGCCGUGACGUAUAAAAUCCUUGUUGACUUCCCCGGUGUCAUUGCAGAGCCUAAUGGCUGGGCAGCCUGGAUUUCGCACUUCAUGGGCGAGAUCAAGUUCUUUAAGUUGGUUGUGCGGUCGGAUCUGAAGAGGAAUGCCCUUCCCAGGGCGCUUGUUCAGCCGGAGAGGGAUCAGUGGGAGGGCUGUGCCCCCAAGGAUAAAAAGCAUCUGUGUUGGACUCGCUUGGAGUUCUUCUUGGAGAGGCAGGGCCUGGUUCCCUCUAUUUAG